AUGACUGAAACUUUAUCAAAGAAGAAGUUGACAAAGGUUAUGGAUUUCAACGAUCCCUAUUAUAUUCACCCUUCAGAUCACACUGGGCACGUUAUUGUCACUCGACCCUUGGAGGGUGACAACUAUGCGACGUGGAGUCGCGCCAUGAUGAUGUCUCUUGAAGCUAAGAAUAAGCUUGGCUUUGUCUACGGCACAAUCAAAGCACCUUCGGCGAAGGAUCCCAAAUAUGGAGCUUGGAGAAGAUGCAAUCAGAUCGUGAAGUCGUGGAUCCUCAAUUCAAUCAGCCCAACCUUGACCAAUACCGUGAUCUUCUCCAACACAGCCGCUGAAGUCUGGGCAGAUCUUAAUGAACGAUUCUCACAAGGGAAUUUUUCCCGUAUUUUUGAACUCAAACGAGGGAUCAUUGAGCACCGUCAACAACAACAGUCCAUAGCCGUCUACCAUACAACGCUCAAAUCCUUUUGGGACGAACUGGGAUCGUACAACGAUCCACCUUCAUGUAACUGUGCAAGUUUGAAGCAGAUUGCUGAAAGGGAAAAGCAGGAGCAGAUCCUCCAAUUCCUCAUGGGGUUAAAUAUUCUGCCAUUCAUGGACAAAUCCUUUUGA